UUCACACUAGCCAGGAAUAAACGGCGCGUAUUAAGUUUAACAACAUGUUUCCACCACUUUUGAUUCUUUUAACUCGCUUCAUUAACAUAGAAAUAUUGUUUGGGGGACUAUGGUGACAUCAGCGGAGCUCUUAAUCAAAUAAUAAAUAAUAAAUCAGCCAGCUCAAGGAUGAUUUCACAUCAAGACCACAGCAUUAUUACUGAUUGGUGCGGCACCAGCUAUACUUGGAUAGCGAGAUGGGAAAAGAUAGCAAUCUUGCGCUUGCCUGCCUACUGUUACCUCCUAACCCAAAGGUGUAUCUUGAGGUUUUAUUUCCUGGACCAUGUGUCAUUUUACCUGAUAACCUUGCUUUUUACGAUGGUGUCACUGGAUAAAGUGAUGCGAUUAUGAGUCCAGCAGAAUGUUAAUGGACAUGAAGAACUUCCAGUACACUUUUGUCCCACGUUUUGAGCUGUAUCUGCAAACAAGAGCAACAUACAGUUUUCAUGUGACUCUAUACGCCGCCUAAAGUGAGUGAGAGAGUGUUUGUGUCUUGUGUCUGUGCAUGUUUGCCUGUUCUUGUCAUUUCCUGCUGGUGAUCAAGUCAUGCCACGUGGAAGAGAUGUCAGCAACAGCUGUUGCCUCCCACUUCACCUGAAUGAAGACAAUGCCCGUUUUGGCUUGUUGGCGGCCCUCAUCCUCCUCUACCUGCUGUGUGGGGCGGUGGUGUUCUCCGCACUUGAGCAUCCCUCUGAGGUGCAGGCUCACCGGCGCUGGGACGAACAGCUGGCCAACUUCACGGAGCAAAACAGCAUAAACCUGAAAACAUUACAGGUCCUGCUAAGGCAAUAUGAGGAGGCCUUUGCGGCUGGGAUCAGAGUGGACAAACUUAGGCCCCGUUGGGAUUUUUCAGGAGCUUUCUACUUUGUUGCUACUGUGAUCUCCACUAUUGGCUUUGGCAUGACCACUCCCGUCACGGUUGCAGGUAAGAUCUUUUUGAUAUUCUACGGACUCCUUGGCUGCGCAGCAACAAUCCUCUUCUUCAACCUUUUCCUGGAGCGCAUCAUCACGAUGUUGGCCUACAUCAUGCGUUGGUGUCACGAGCGACAACUGCGCCGCUCCGGCGUGGGAGGAGAGGAGGCCAGGAGUGAGGACGACAGUCUGGAAGGUUGGAAACCAUCGGUCUACUACGUAAUGCUCAUUCUGGGCAUCGCCGCAGUGCUGAUCGCAUGCAGCGCGUCUGCGUUGUACUCUGCCAUGGAGGACUGGGAUUACUUUGAGUCCUUGUACUUCUGCUUUGUGGCCUUCAGCACCAUUGGCUUCGGGGAUGUGGUGAGCAGCCAACGGGAGAGCUAUAAAGCUCAGGAGGCCUACCGUCUGGGCAACUGCCUCUUCAUCCUCAUGGGUGUGUGUUGUAUUUAUUCCCUGUUUAAUGUAAUUUCCAUCAUUAUCAAACAGACGCUCAACUGGAUCCUCGGCAAACUGGACUGCAGCAAGGCUCAGUGUCCCUGCCGCGGGCGUCCGUAUAGGCGACGAGGUCGGGCCUGCUGCUGCUGCUGCCUUCCACGCAUUCCCAACCAGCGGCACAACCACCAUCCUCCACCGGGACAUUCCCGGCAGAGGGCUCAAAAGCGCAACGCCGUGCACCCUGCCCCGGCUAACGAAGCGUCAGGAAAGCGCUUCACUAAUGCAUCAGUGGAAACAGUUUGUGAUAGUGAGACUGAUGCUGGCUUAGGACCAGAUGGAGGUUAUCUGACAGGGCGCAGACUGUCUGGAGAAAUGAUCUCAGUCAAUGACUUUAUGGCCAACAAGGUUUCUCUGGCCAUUCUGCAGAAGCAACUCUCAGAGACCGCUCAUGGUAAUCCAAGACAGAGCCACGUUCGCCAGAACGGCUUCUCCGGUGGAGUGGGCGCCUUUGCUAUCAUGAAUAACCGCCUUCAGGAGACAAGUGUCGACAGGUAGCUUGGUUAUACAAAGGUGUUGGAUAUUGCACAUUGAAGAUAACUUUUAAUAAGGGUUGUGUUUCUUUCAGAACUGAAUUGAGAAUGGCUUUAAAAUUCCUGAAUUUGAAUUGCAUUUGAGUUGCCAUGGCAAACAGAAUGUAGAAGUAAUUUGAAUUUGAAUGUAAGAAAGUGGGAUUAAAUUGAAAUUCAAAGAAAUUUACAUGACUGAUUUUUAACUUGUUAAUAUUCACCCCAUGUACUCAUGUACAUGUUAUUCAAAACCCAUCAGAUUUUUGUUAAUCUUAAAAACAAAAAUGAUAUUUUUAAUGAUAUGUGACCCCCUGGACCACAAAACAAAAUGUAAGUAGCAUGGGUAUAUUUGUAGCAUUAACCAAAAAUACACUGUAUGGGUCAAAAUUACAGAUAUUAAAUCAUUAGGAUAUUAAGUAAAGAUCAUGUUCCAUGAAGAUAUUUUGUAAAUUUCCUACUGUAAAUAUAUCAAAACUUGAUUUUUGAUUAGUAAUGUGCAUUGCUAAGAACUUAAAGGGGAUUUUCUCAAUAUUGUAAUUUUUGCACCCUCAGAUUCCAGAUUUCAAAUAGUUAGUAUCUCGGCCAAAUAUUGUCCUAUCCUAACAAACCAUACCUCAAUACUUAGGUUUUGUGGUCCAGGGUCACAUGUUAUUAUUGUGCGAAUAACAACCUAAAUUAAAUCUGUUCAUCAUAUAAAUUAAUCAUAUUACUUCAAAAGACCACUCGAUUCACAUGGAUUAUGUUAACAAAAUUUUUAUGAACUUUUUGAAUAGUUUUGGUGACAUUAACAAAAAUCUCUCAGGUUUCAAUAAAAAUAUCUUAAUUUGUAUUUCGAAGAUGAAGGAAUAUUUUAUGGGUUUGGAAUGACAUGAAGGUGAAUAAAUGGUGACAAAAUGUACAUUUUUUAGUUGAACCAUCUCCUUAAAAAAAACUUUGAAUAUUGGCUUAACAAAACCUUAGUUGAAAGUUGACGAAAAACAGACAGAUAUGUUUGAAAUUGUAUUUUUCAAUGCCAUUUUCUGUGAAUGUGUGAGACUUCCGGUUCAUAGCUGCUGUAGGGAAAUAACGGGGAGAAUAAAGUGCAGUAAACGGUAAAACUGUUUGCACUGCAAACCAGUUUGUUCAUAAUUAGGCAAAUACAUUAAAAUAAUACGGUAAGACACACCAGUUUGCGAUAUCAAGCAGCUAGGUGAGCCGUUUGUACUAAAAAUCGCUGGAAAAAUUACACCGGAAGCCAGCACAUUAAAUUUGCAAAUGUCUGCGCCCACUCUUACGGGAAAAUUAAGGUGGAUAGAAGUCGUAAACUAAACAGUUAUUAAAUAUUUCUGCAUUUUUAGUAAUGGGAGAAGACUUAAUUUCCCAUUAUUAGUUAAUUCCAAACCAAAUUCCUGGAUAAUUAAAUUAAAAUUUGCACUCACUGACUAAAAGAAGGCCUGUUCUUCAGUUCUGAAUUUUUCCCAACCGGAAAUAUCUUGCUGGAAAUAUACGUUAGCAGAGGUCUUAGCAUUUUCUUCAUGUAAUUAAAGAUGUAAACCAUACAUUCACCAUUGUAAUACACAGUACAGAGCAAAUUAGAUCAAAUUAAAAUAGCCAAUUUACCUCUGUAGAGCACAAGGACAGAGAAUGUUAGCAUUUAUGAACCGCUUCGUUCUGAAGAGGAGAAGGCUUUCAAUUUUUUUUACAUCAUUAUAAACAAACCAUGUGAUUUUAAUGGUAACGUCGCUUCUCAGAGUCACUUUAAUGCUGAAGUGAUUGGCCGGUGUGGUGAGCAAUCACACUGUGCCUCUGGAGAGAUGCUUUAACGGCUCUUCACGAAAACAGACUGAUUUUCAAGAGCCAGGCAGAUGUAGCCACGGCACUUACUGAGAGACAGUCCCCCCGAGGAACACAUACAAGUGUCAAAUCAAAAGGAGAUGGUCAGUAAUAUUCAUUGUUUAAUCGUUUCUAUCACACUGCCGUCAGUGAUGAUUGUCCUAAGAAACAAAUGAUCUAAAAUGAAUACAAAUACGUGCUUAGUGAUAGCAUCAUCAAUCCUUUAAAAGACAAACCAAGUCAUGCCCUGGUGAAAAAAACAGCAUAUGCUGGUAGGUAUGUUUUGAUGCUGGUUUAAGCUGGUCCUUUGCUGGUUUUUGCUGGUCAUGUUGCUGGUCAAGGACCAGCAUAAACCAGCAUCAAAACCUACCUAACCAGCAUCCCAGCAUCAAAACAUACCUACCAGCAUAUGCUGUUUUUUUCACCAGGGUGUGUAUAGAUUCUGUAGAUAUUGUAUAUUGUAAACACAAAUAUAACUUCGUUAAAUAUUUAUUUUGGUAUUCAUGUGUUUCAAAUGUAAUAUCUAUGCCCUUUGUAUCUGUAACAGCAGUCUGUUGUCAUUCAUAGAGCUUUUAAAUCUGUUUCUGAGGCGUCGGUGUGACAUAAAUACAAGGUUUGCAAACCACAGAUGGUUAUUAAAUAAAGAACGAGGCUUUACUGCCUCCUUGAGGAUGACAGUAGUACUGCUUACUGAUAGUGAAAUCUGAGCUCAACCACACACACACUCACAAAAUGUAUGACUAUAAUUACCAAAAGGCCAUAACGUCUCUUUAUGUAGCAGGGCAGACAUUAAUAAACUGAAAUCUCAUGAAUGACUUGAUCUGUUUAUUUUUAUUACUCAACCUUCAACCUUAGCACAAAUAUUGCAGAAGAUCUGUAAAAUGUGCACAGAGAAAGAUCAUUACACAA